AUGGCCUCCACCCGCAUUCUCCAAUGCUCCAGUCGCCAUCUUCGUCAUUCAUUUAUUCCCGGUUGCCGUAUUGCUUCCCGGAAAAACCCCUAUUUUCCUUGUGCGUGUCGAUUUUCCUUCCUGUCGCUCAAUUCCCAAAACCACUCCUCCAAAUUCCAAUACAACCGGCCUUUCAACUCUCCCCCGGUUUCUGGUACGGCCAGAUUAUCCAUACCCGGACAUUUCGCCCACCAAUUUUUUUUCGGCCCGUACGACGCCUCCUUCCGCUGGAAUUUUGCUUCAGGCCCAAAUGCCAACGGUUUAGCCGAUGGGAUCGCCGUCGAUGACGGAGGGCCCGAGAUCGCGGUGGUGAUACUGGGAUGGCUGGGGGCGAAGCCCAAGCACCUUAGAAGGUAUGUGGAGCUCUACAACGCUAAGGGUAUUCAUGCUGUUACUUUUGUGGCCUCGGUGAUGGAUGUGCUGUCGUUUGAUUUGGGCAAAAAACUAGAGGCGAGGGUUCGGCAGCUGGCUGAUGAGCUCGUUUCUUGGCUGUCGAGUGAGAGUGGUCGCGAUCGGUGUUUGAUCUUCCACACGUUUAGCAAUACCGGCUGGCUAGCGUAUGGUGCCAUUCUUGAUACUUUGAAAAACAGGCAAGAUUUGUUGGAGAAGAUUAAAGGAUGUGUUGUGGACUCAGGAGGGGACCCCAACAUUGAUCCUAAGGUUUGGGCCGCUGGAUUUACCACAGCCCUGCUAAAAAAAAGUAGUUCUGCUACUUACAUCUCGACCGAGCCAGGACAAGGAAAUCAUUUAAGACAUGGAACAAACGGAUCAAAAAUACUAGACAAGGAACCUUUUCUGAUUGAGAGCUUGAUGUUAUUCGCGUUCGAGAAGCUCUUUUCCUAUCUUCUCAAUUUACCUGACAUAAAUCAGAGGUUGACAAAGAUAAUAUCAGGGCUUUUAAAGAAUCAGCCUAUGUGUCCUCAGCUUUAUCUGUAUAGUACAGGAGAUAAAGUCAUUCCAUUUCAAGCAGUAGAAUCAUUUAUCGAGGAGCAAAAGAGGUCAGGGAAACGAGUCUCAUCAUUCAAUUUUGGCUCGUCUCCUCAUGUGGACCAUUAUCGGACUUUUCCUGAUCUGUAUGCUGCGCAGCUCGAUAGUUUCUUGAAGGAAUGUUUGGCGAUGGAAGGGAAGUUGUAG